AGGAAGCGAGUCAGUCGCUUCAUUGGUUUAAUGCUACCUGCCCUGGGAAGAAUACCGGUAAAUGUCAUUACAUCUGUUCUUACAAACAUUCUCCGCUCACAAAAACUUAAAAGAAUAUCAUCUGUCGGCCAAGAACUGUGUGGAGCUGAUUCGGUUGAUGUGAUGAACAGUCCAGGAUCAGAGGGGCCUGGGGAGGAAGCUUCUGUGGAGUUUGUCUACUGCAGAGGUGUAGUCACAGAGCUGCUCAAAUAUGGACCAAAAGACCUGCAUACAGCCAGCAAGAGCCCAAACUCUCCCAAAACUCUCAUUCUUGUCAUUCCAGGUAACCCAGGUGUGGUGGGCUUCUACAAGACAUACAUGUGGACACUGUAUCAGACGUUUCUCCAGAGAUAUCCAGUGUGGGCUGUGAGCCAUGCUGGACACUGUAUGCCUCCAGAAAGCUUUGAUAUGAUUGAAGAUGCAUCUGUGACUGAGAAGGAGGAUGUUUUCGGAUUAGACGGGCAGAUUGAACACAAGCUGGCCUUCCUACGAAAGCACGUGCCUCGGGACACCAACUUGCUUCUGAUUGGCCACUCUAUCGGCUGCUACAUCAUCCUGGAGAUGAUGAAGAGAGACCCAGAACUGAAGGUUGUGAAGGCGGUGAUGCUCUUCCCCACAAUUGAGCGCAUGGCCUGCAGUCCUCAAGGAAAAGUCAUGACCCCUGUGCUCUGCCGGCUGCGAUAUGCCUUCUAUUUGCCCAUUUUCCUGCUCUCUCUCCUUCCAGAGAGGCUGAAGGUCGGCAUUGUGCGUCUGGCCCUGAGGAAUUUAGAUGCACUGGACAACUCCAUUAUCCCAGCCACCGUCAGCCUGAUCAAUGUAGAUUGUGCUGCCAACGGUAUGUACAUGGGAAGCCAAGAAAUGAGACUGGUUGUUGAAAGAGACAACACAACCAUACAUCAACACCUCAGCAAGAUUAUUUUUUACUAUGGAGCCACGGAUCACUGGUGCCCAGUAAAGUAUUGCCAUGAUAUCAGGAAGGACUUUCCUGAAGGGGACAUUCGGCUGUGUGAGAAAGGCAUCCGGCAUGCUUUCGUCCUGGACGCAGGGGAGGAAAUGGCUAAAAUGACAGCAGAGUGGAUCUCAGAUGACCUCAGGAUGCUCUGACAGUGGAUACAAGUUUAGCAUUUUAUCCACUCUAAUGUUUGCAAGCUAUGAAUUGUAACUAUUGCAUUAGUGACCGUUUCUUUGGGCUGUACAUAUUGUAAGCCAUCCAGCCUAGUAUAAAUGUCAAAAAAUGUUCUGUGAGCACUCGAAGAAUGAUUUUUCUACAACACUCUCAGUAUUAAAAGUACAAAACCUGUCGCUGUGGCAGUACCUUUUAAAAAGGUAUGUUUUGUACCUAACCGGUCCACAUUUCUACCUUGGAAAUAGGCUCACAGUGUGAGUUUUAUCAUUUUUUAAUCCCUUCAACCAAUUUCUGGGUCAAUUUCUGGGUCUUUGAACUUAGCUUAGCAUAAAUCAUUGAAUCGGAUUAGACCAUUAGCAUCUCGCUUAAAAUUUUCAAGAAAGAGUUUUGGUAAUUUUCCAAUUUAUAGUCUGAUUCUUCUGUAGUUACAUUAUGUAUUAAGACUGAUGGAAAAUGUUAUUGCACCUGCUGAAGCCAUCAGAAUAAAGUUCAUAGCCCUAUCGACCUAGAAAAUUGCACUUUUUCAUUUCCCAUCAGUCUUAGUACACAAUGUAACUACAGAAGAGUAAAGCUUUAAAUAUAAAAAUGAUCGGAACUUCUUUUGAAUUAUUUUUUGAAUGAGAUGCUAACGGUAAUCCAAGCAUAAUCAAUGAUUUAUGCUAAGCUAAAAGUUCUCCGGUCACACCUGGAAAUCAUUGGCUGAAUGGAUUAAAAAAAAAACAGUAGCAGAAUUGUAAAAUGAACCUAUUUCUAAAAACAUGGAGUGUUCCUUUAAAGGAGUAUAUUACAAGCUAAAAAGUACAAAUGUAUACCUCAUAGUACCUGUGAGUGGUUCUGAAUGAAAAAAAGCAUCAAAACAUACCUUACCAGCAUAUGCAGCAUUUCAGCAGAGUGCUCCUCCAUGACAUUUAGUAAACUGUAUCUAUAACAAAGAGUUGCAAAUAUGCAGAUAAUAUAACAACUUAUUGAUAAAAAUACAUCACAUUUAUUUGCUCUGCACUGCUGUGGUCUGUGGAUUAAACGAAGAAUGAGCUGAAAGAUGGGGAGGAGCCGAAAUCUGCUGCCAUUUUCAUAUUAAAUUUAAAGGGUACUAAAUCCAUUACAAAUUUGUGUACAGCUCAUAGACCUAAUGUGAAAAAAAUUUGCGGUGCUAAGUAUAAUUUUAUGGGGCUAAAGCGCUUUACAAAUCCUCAUCCAUCAACAGUGGGCAGCAAACACCAGGAUGACGCGAUGGCAGCCAUCUCUAGAAUCUCAGUACAUGAAGUGAAGCAAUGACAUGUGGAGCACAAGUAUCAAUUCAUUUUUAUUAUUCAUUUUUUAUAAUAACAUUAAAAUUUCUUAAACUAAAAAAAUAAUAGAUGAUUAACAAGAUUCCGCAGCCUGAUAUGAAUACAUUGUCCUCUUGAUGUGGAGUUGGGAAUUUUUUUUUAGCAAAAUAUUAUAGAAUUUUAUAUAUAAAUAUAAAAAACAUAAGAUGGACAAUAGAGUAAGAUUGAAAAUGUGUAUGCUAUGGUUUAAUUAAAAUACUGAACAAAGACCAAAAAAAAAUGUCCAAAGAAUUUCUUUCAUUUUUUUUAUU